AUGCAGGGUGCGCAGAGCCAGAGUCUCGGUCUGCCCAAGCAGUGCCUCUGCCUGGCUUUCCUGCUCCUCCAUCUCCUGGGACAGGUCGCUGCGGCUGAGCGUUGCCCCUCCUCGUGCCCGGCCACGUGCCCCCCAAAGCCGCCGGCCUGCGCCCCCGGGGUGAGGGCGGUGCUGGACGACUGCUCCUGCUGCCUGGUGUGCGCUCGUCAGCGCGGCGAGAGCUGCUCCGUGCUGCUGCCCUGCGAGGAGAGCCGCGGCCUCUUCUGCGACCGCAGAGCGGACCCCAGCGCCCAGACUGGCAUCUGCAUGGCGGUAGAAGGAGACAACUGUGUGUUCGAUGGAGUCAUCUACCAGAGUGGGGAGACCUUCCAGCCAAGUUGCAAAUACCAGUGCGCCUGCCAAGAUGGACAGGUUGGCUGUGUGCCCCGCUGUGAAGAGGACCUGCUACUGCCCCAGCCCGACUGCCCAGCUCCCAGAAAAGUUAAAGUGCCGGGGGAGUGCUGUGAAAAGUGGAUCUGUGACUCCAAUGAGACGGGGACAUUAGGGGACCUCCAGACCCUUCCAGCCUACAGGACAGAAGCCACUCUAGGAGUUGCAGUCUCGGACUCAAGUAUCAACUGCAUCGAACAGACCACAGAGUGGAGUGCGUGUUCCAAGAGCUGCGGCACAGGCUUUUCCACCCGCGUCACCAAUAGGAAUCCUCGCUGUGAGAUGGUGAAGCAGACCCGGCUCUGCGUGGUGCGGCCCUGUGACCAAGAGCACAGGCAGCCGGCAGACAAGAAAGGAAAAAAGUGUCUCCGUAGCAUCAAGUCACUCAAAGCCAUCCACCUGCAGUUUGAGAACUGCACGAGCCUGCACACCUACAAGCCCAGGUUCUGUGGGAUCUGUAGCGAUGGCCGAUGCUGCACUCCCCACAACACCAAAACCAUCCAGGUGGAGUUCCAGUGCUCCCCAGGGCAGAUCCUCAAGAAGCCAGUGAUGGUCAUCGGGACCUGCACCUGUCACAACAACUGUCCCCACAGCAACUCGUCUUUCCUCUAA